AUGAGUCAAGUGAAUUUAGUUAAUUAUAAUUUGAGUAAACUUUUCCACCGUGAUCAGUAUAGUACUAUUGUUGAAAACCUACCAGAUUCAGUUGGUUCAUCUGCAUUCACUUCGGAAUGCCGUCAACUUAUUUUACCACCAAUAACUAGUGACACAUGCAUCACCGCAUCUCCAAGGCGAGAACCUUCAAACAUACUACAACGUCUAACAAAUCGUCGUAUAGAAAAGCAUAAAAAUCGAUUGGAAAAAUGGUAUGAAAGACUUUCACAGAUAAGUAAAGAAGUUGAGAAUCAGGUGAUCACGUGCUGUGAAAAUACCGCGAAUUUAUUAGACGCAAGUUGGGAAAGACAAAAGAGUCUUUUUGAUACCAAUUUAUCCAAUGAACAACUUUUAGAAUUAGAAAUAUCAGAUCUAGAAUCUUUAUGGAAUCAAAUCAAUAAUGAAUAUGUACAACGUAGAAGUGCAAUUAACAAUUUAGAAAGUGACCUAUUUCUUCAUGAAAAUACGCGCGCUACCAAGAUUAGAGAAGAAUUCCAUGAGUUGACAGAUUAUUUAAGCAAAUAUUCCUAUUUAUCACCGAAUGAAUUACAAACAACUUUACAAAAAGAAAUAUUUGCUGUUGACAUCGAAUUACUGGAGAAUUAUCGUGAGUUAGCAAGUCUAACAAGGAAUCUUCACCUUGCUGAAUUGAUAAAUCAUCGGUACACUACACUUGCAUGGUCAAAUUAUCGGCAAAACUGGCAGAAAACAAUUAUCAAGGACGCUUUACAAAAUUUUGAAUUUUCAAUUAAAGAUGAAAAAUUUCAACGUCCAUCUGAAGUGAAAAUUGAAAUAUACAAUUUAUCCAAGAAAUAUGAAGAAUUUGAAAGCGCAAAAGCAAAUCUAAUCAAUGAAUUUUGUGAGAAUAUUAUUCCAUCGAAUAUGACCGAAGAAUUCUUUGAAAAUUGGAAUAGUAAAGCUAAACAAUUAUUUACAGAGUGGGAUGAAGCGAAUCAACAGUGUUUAAAUACGGUGUAUGCAGCGUAUGAAAAUAAUUCACAGAAAUGUAUUGAUGAAAUUCAGCGAAUGAAGGACAAAUUAUUCAAUCGUCAGUUGAUAACAUCUCCAAGUGAAAUCGAAAAUUUAAUUAAAGUUAAUUGUAUCCCAUUUUUGGGUCGACUUCAAAGUCAAUUUGAAAGUAAUUUAAAUUACCUCGAUCAAUGUUUUAUGUGGAGUGCAUAUCUCUGGCCUAAUGGAUUAAUUCAACCCCUACUGAAAUAUGGUCAAAUGUUUGAUAAAUUAUGGAAUCUAUACUCACAAGAACCAAUAAAUAAUGCCAGAAAAGAUUUUAAUAAUAAUUUAAAUUCAAUAAAACAAACAAUAUUUGAAGAGAUUAGAAAAAAAGACGAAUUGAUCAAUGUGUGUAUUGAUGCUUUACGUCAAAGUUCAAGUGAACAAGUGGUCAGUGACAGAUUGGAUGAAGCAUUGAACUUAUUCAAUGAUGUUAAACUUCUCUAUCAAUCCCUCAAUGAGAAACAAAUACGGAUUAUUGAAGCGUAUAUAAAGCAAGUGACAAGUAUUGUCGAUCUAUGCGAAAUGGCUGUCUAUCGAUAUUUCGGUGUUAUGCGUUGUACUAAACAACAAACAUUAAGCUUAGAAAAAAGGCUGAAGCAAAAAUCACCAGUGAACAGCCAACUGACAGUUGGAUAUGACCAGUUCUUGUGUAUAUCACAGCCUACUUCACCUGAACACACACUGUCCGAUGAUAAUGACAAGACAACUACAGAUGCUCGAGAUACACCUAAGGCUAACCAUUUAUUUUAUUCCAUAAAACAUCAUGAUAUUGCAGUAGAAGAUCUCAGUAAAUCUUUACAGUUAGACACAACAAAAUCAGUAGAUAGUCAAGUUGGCGAAUUCUUUAAAUAUUUAUCACAAAAUCCCCAAUGGAGUGGAAUUAUUACCGGCAAUGAAGUGAUUAGUCAUGCUUUGAAUGAAGUACCGAUUAAAAUUCAGUCGAAACAGGAGAAUGCUGAAAGCCGACAUAGACAUGACGGCAACGAUGAUGUUCAAUCGAUUAUUCUCAACGGGUGUGAAACAAUUCUUGUUAACAAUUAUGUAACUGAGUAUAUUCGCCCGGUCAAAGUGAAAGUAUGCUUAGAUAUAAUCAAAGAUGUCAAGUCAGCUGUUCGUGUGAAAGUUUUAGAAUAUUUAGAACAAUGGAAAAUUGAAAUAGCACUGGCUACAAGAGAAGAAGCAAUACUGAGACGAAGUGAAACAGACAAUGAGUAUUUAAUGCAAAUGAAACUACACGAAUCGCGUAUACGUCGAGUUAAAGAAGAUGUGGCCAAUGUGAGACAAGCUGAAUUAGCCCUGCAUCAAACACGUAUUGAAAGGCAUAUAACAGCUGUCUCUUUAAUACUUAAUGAAAUGAAGUUAAAUGCAACAAAAGCUUUAAUUGAAACGUUGAAUAAAUCAGAAGAACAAAUGGCUGAUGAGAUUCAAAAGUCAACAGAUAAAACGAUUAGCAAAGCUACAAAAUCAUCCACACUUCUGUCACUCAGAAAGCAAGUAGAAGGCCAUGCAGCAGCACAUAGUGAACGUGUUCGUGAAGCGUUGAAAUCAUUUCGUCAAGAGUUAAAUAAUCAAGUGCAAACAGUGAAUAAUUCAAAUUUAAAAUUGAUUGAAUCUUUAAAAUUAUUUACAGAUGGCGGGAAUUUUGCUACAGUUGAAGCUAAAAAAUAUUCAUUCAGUUUAAAUGAAUUAAGUAAGAGUGUUAAACAAUUUGAAGAGGAAAUCCUUGGCAAUAUUGAAUCGAUUGAAAAAGAAAGACAAUUAACAACUGAGAAUAGACUGAAACAAUUUGGAUCCGUAUUGAAACCACAUAUGGCUGAUGUUAUCUAUCUGGAAAAUAUGAUACGUUGUGUGACGAAUGCAGAAGCCCAGAUUAAAAGUCAAAUAGAAGACAGUUCAAGUCAGAUGAAAGUGUUAUCCAGUCAAAUAGAAGAUUUUGCCAAUCUCUUGAAAUCCAUUACGGAAACAAAUCAUAUCCUGUCGAAAACAUUGCGUAACAAUACAUCAUUACUUGAAGGAGGCAAUUUUAAACAACAAUUAAAUGCUAAUGAAAAGAUUAUGCUAAAAGAAAUGAUCAAUAAAGCUGUUGGAUUGCUUACAGUUAUCUGUGUCAAUGCCGCUGAUCGAUGUAUUUUCUUGAAUUGUCUACGUAGUCAAAUGACAAAAAGUGACGGAGAAGGCGAAAAACGACAGAUGUCACCUUCGAAAGGCAAGGAAGCCAGCAAUGUAAGCAGUGAUACAGAAGUUAAAAUAAAGAUAAAAGUAGUAUCAAACACUCAGAACACUAUCAACUUAUCCACAAGUGAACACACAAAAGGGACAGAAAAUCAAACUGCUCUUACUGAUGUUAAUUACCUGAAUGCAAUGCAAACUAGUCGACCUGGCAGACCGCUCACAGAAGAUCCAUGCACGCAAGUUGUACAAAGUAUUUUCAAUGAACGUACUCCACCAGGUGAUAAAGUGAAAAACUCAGAACAAAAGUUGUCAAACCAACCAACUGAUCAUACUUCAAAAGGAAAUGAGAAUAAAUCACGUCAAGAAGAAGUAGGCAGUCAGAAUAAAUUACCAGCCGAAGAAAUGCAGAAUCCGAAUUCUCUGCGUAUGAAUACACCUACAAAAGGUCACCGCACCAGACGGGAUAACAAUAAUAGUAAUAAUAAUCCUUCAACUGCAACGGGAACUGCUCAGAAGACGAGUAGACGGAAGAAAAACGCACUUCAUCAAACCCCCAGUAAAACUAGUGUGAAGCAUAAUCGUCCACAAUUGUAUUAUGAAGCUUUCGGUAAAGAUCCUGUGUCCAGUAGUGAUUCAGGUGAAAUUGGUGAUUCAUAUAUGAAACAAGCAAAUAUUGAACAAGCUACAUUUAUUGGUCGUAUACAAAGAAUAUGUCGUGAAAGCCUACAUAAUGCCUUACAUUUGUCUGAGAAUUACUAUAAACAAAAAGGACUUAGACAACCAACACGUCCUGAUUUUAUCAAGUCAACAUUUGAUGAUGCGGCAAGUUAUCUAGUGAAAAAUCUUAAAACGUAUUUUGAACAAGCAGAAACCUACAGGAGUUUAUGCAUAAAAGAAUUCUCUGAACAACUGAAUAAAAUUGAAUAUUUAGCAAGUCAGCUACCAAAUUUACUCUUUGAAGAUAUGACAAAUGAAUUAAAGUGUCAUAUUUUAAAUGAAUUUAUUGCCUGUGAAAAUUCAAUACGAUCAGAGAUGAAUGAAUUAAAAGAAUUACAGAUUAAAUAUAAUGCUGAACUUCAUCCAGAGAUUUGUAGUCCAGGUAAAGAAAGCCAGUUAAUAUCGCUCAUUAAAAAAGAGAAUGAACGUCGAAUAAAUUUCAUUAAAUUAAUACAUCGUAUAAAGAAUAUGAAAAGCCAAAUUAUUCAUAAAGGAAGACAGUUAUUUAGUCAACGUUUAUCUAAGCUGACAGAUUACUUAUUUAUUAGAUUUGACAGCCUUAUUGGAUCUGAUGAAAUUGACUAUCUAGAUGAAACUGCGAAUUUGAAUUCACAGUCAGAAGUUAAAAAACCGUGUAAAAUUAUGAUUAAUAUAGCAGAUCCAGUAUCGAAUAAUCUGAAUCCAAUCAAGAAGAAACUUGACAUCAAAGAAGAUACAAAUCGUGGUAAACGAACCUGGGAAGGUAUAAAAUUCUCAGAACUUCUAGAGACGAGUAAUUUAUCCGCCUUGUCAACAUCAUCAUCAUCAUCAACAACAACAGCAACACGGACAACUGGAAAUAAAACGAAAGUGUCAGCAGCUAAAUCAAACACUUUGAGUAGAUCUGUACUCAACGAUAAGAAUGUAAUAACAUCAAGAAAUCAGAAGGGUGCUGCAGGCAGUUCAUCAGAUCCGCAACGUAAUGAACAACAAGAUUAUUGUUUAGUUAGUGCUAAAACAACACAAGCGCAUAUGUCAACUUUAAAAUCUCGUGAUAUUGCUGUUGAGGAAUUUCUUUCAUUCACUCAACGUUUAUUAGAGUCCAUAGAAAAGGAAUUUACUAGUGCAAUUGCAGAUAAUGAUGAGUGUAAAAACCAAUGGUCAGAUAGUGUUAAUCUCUUAUCAAAACUUUAUUGAAUUAACCAAGAGA